UGAAGGCUGCUCCACACAGACAUACAGAGAUGACUUCUAUUCUCCAGCCCCGAGAAUGUAAAGUGACCAAAAAACCCCAAAAGAGCUACGGAUUCUACCUGCGUAUUGAGAAAGACACAGCAGGCCAUCUCAUCCGGAACGUGGAAAAGAACAGUCCAGCUGAAAAGGCUGGCUUGAAGGAUGGAGACAGAGUCCUCAGGGUUAACGGUGUGUUUGUACACAAGGAGGAACAUGCACAGGUGGUGGAGAUUGUCAAAAACAGCGGGAAUUCUGUUGUACUUCUUGUUCUGGAUGAUGCAUCCUAUCAAAAGGCAGAAAAGGAGGGAGUGAACUUGGAAGAGCUGGGUCAAAAGGCAUCAACAGGACAGCAGCAGGAGCAGCAGUCCCCACUGCCCAUGGCCAAUGGAGCAAUCACUGCAGUUCCACAACCCCAGCUCUGCUACCUAGUGAAGGAGGAGAAUGGCUAUGGCUUCUCUCUGAAAACCACAGAAGGACAGAAGGGGUUGUUCAUAGUAGAGCUUUCAUCACAAGGAGCAGCUGCAAAGGCUGGUGUCCAAAAUAAUGAUCGCCUGAUUGAAAUCAAUGGAAAAAAUGUGGAAAAUGACACACAUGAGGAAGUGGUGAAAAAGGUAAAGUCGUCUGAAAAUCAUGUUAUGUUUCUACUUUCAAAUGAAGAAACUGACCACUAUUACACAAGCCAGAAGAUGGUACUGAGCAAAGAGAGCGCCAGCCUAAGAUUGCUUCCCCUCAAACCACGACUUAUUGAGAUCCAGAAAGGAAAAAACGGUUAUGGCUUUUAUCUACGGAUGGAACAAAAUACUGGUGAUCAUGUAAUCAAGGAUGUUGAUUCUGGGAGCCCAGCAGCCAAGGCGGGUCUCAAAGACAACGAUAUCUUAGUAGCUGUCAAUGGCGAGCAGGUGGAUGGUCUGGAUCAUGAAAGCGUAGUGGGAAAAAUUAAGCACUCUGAGGCAAAAACCACACUGUUGGUAGUGGAUAAGGAGACUGACGCCAUGUAUAGACUGGCUCAAAUUUCCCCCUUCUCAUACUACUACAAAGCACAAGAUCCAACUCCAGCUAAAAUGGAGGAAAGAGUGGAGUUGCAUGCUGAGCAGAAAGUGAACCACAAGCCAAGAAUCUGCAAGAUGGUGAAAGGGCCUAGUGGAUUUGGCUUCAGUUUAAACAUGAUCAAGAACAAGCCUGGACUGUUCAUCAAUGAGGUACAAAACCACGGGCCAGCUGACACAGCAGGUGUGGAAAAUAACGACUUUUUGGUGGAAGUGAACGGGGUGAAUGUGAUGAAUGAAUCCUAUGACAAAGUGGUGGCAAGAAUCCAAGAUAGUGGUGACAGACUAACACUACUGGUGUGCAGCAAAGAUGCUUACAAAUACUUCCAGGGCCAGAACAUUCCCGUCACAGCCUCUAUGGCAGAUCCAGUCCAUGACACUUCUGAGCCUCCUGCUUAUACAGAAAACCAUCCGUCAGAGCCAGAGAGAAACUCACCUGAACCAAGGGAAAGGGCAAGCUCAUCCUCCUCUUCACAAUCAGCUGCCUCUACAAAAGCAGACAGUGACAACAACAAUGACACAAAGUUGUGAGGAGACAAACUAUGCCAAGAACAAAAAAGAAACCUUCCAAAUCCUCUUUCUUCAAUCAUUCUUUGCUACUACACCUCCCAGAACUUGACUAUUCCUAGGAGUGCCAAACCUGUAAAGAACUGCAACCUCUUGCUGAAAUGCAGCUGCCCGAAAUAAACACUUCAGUGUAACUUGCAUUCAUUUAACACACUGCAAUUGCACUUCAUUGGCUUUCUGCCUUGUAAAGCGGGCAGUUAGUCACUUCUGUAAAGGCUUAAAUAACUAGAAGUAUAUAAUUGAGCAUACUGCAGCAGAAGGUGGAAACGUUUUAUAGAUUCAUAAGCAUCUUAGUCUUUUAAGGAUAAGCUCUUAAUAAAGAGCAACUGAUUUCUCCCCGUCUCCCAGGAGAGGCAGUUCUCCCCCUAAUCCAAGUCCAUCAACUCAAUCUGUGGUGACUCUUCUACGCGAUACUUGCAGCAGUACAACUGCUGUGAAAUGGCAUAAGCCAAUGUACUCUGCGCAUUACGCUCCUUUCUCCUGCAAACAUUGCAGAAAUUUCUUUCAAACAUUAAGCUAACUUCAUAAUUCAUAACUCAAGAUGUUUAAGCGCUCUCUCUCUCUGCAUACAGUUGUGGAUCAUGGUAGUUAGAAUAGCAUACAUAAUUCAGA